AUGAGUUUCCUGAUGCUGACCUUGACUAUCUGUGGGUUGUUAUCUCAGCUGGCCGCAGCUGCCUGGAGUAUACCAAAAUGCUGGAAUAAUGUGGGACACUGCAGAAGACGAUGUUUAGAUACUGAAAGGUAUAAACUGCUUUGUAAGAACAAGGUAUCAUGCUGCAUUCCCAUACGAAAGUCAUAUGCCAACACUCCAAAGCCACCACCUCCCUUAAUCCCCAACUUACAUGAUAUAACAAUUGAUAUAAGUAAUUGGAAACCUGCUUCACCAGGACUUAGUGAUGAGGUAACAAUGGAUGACACUGAGUCUGAAGAAACCACAGCAACGAUAAUUGAGACUUUUAAAGCUGUUCCUUAA